ACAGCAGUAGCCAUUAAACGCUCCAGAACGUCACAAAACCCAGCCUCUCCCGAAAAGAAAAAGAAAGAACCUUCAAAAACCCCCAGCAACGACACAAACCCUAACUUCCCCCUAAUCUCUAAUCCUCCUCCCUCCAUACCCAAAUCAAUCAAGGAAAAAGGAAACCCUAUCCCCCAAGCGAUCCGUCCCAGAAGCUAUGUCGACGAACACGCCGAAUCUAGAGUGCCGGAUGUACGAAGCUAGAUACCCGGAGGUCGACCAGGCCGUCAUGAUACAGGUCAAGAGCAUGGCCGACAGCGGUGCUUACGUGUCUUUGCUGGAGUACAACAACAUCGAGGGUAUGAUCUUGUUCUCGGAACUCUCUCGUCGUCGGAUUCGGAGCAUCAGCAGUCUAAUAAAAGUGGGUCGAAUCGAACCCGUCAUGGUUCUUAGGGUUGACAAAGAAAAAGGAUACAUCGAUCUCAGCAAAAGAAGGGUUUCUGAAGAGGACAUUCAGGCUUGCGAAGAGAGGUACAAUAAAAGCAAGCUUGUGCAUUCCAUCAUGCGCCAUGUCGCCGAGACCAUGAAGAUUGACCUUGAGGAUCUAUAUAUUCAUGUUGGCUGGCCUUUAUACAGAAAAUAUGGUCAUGCUUUUGAGGCAUUCAAAUUGAUUGUUAGCGAUCCAGAUUCAGUUCUUAAUUCCCUUACUCGUGAAGUUAAAGAAGUUGGACCUGACGGCCAAGAGGUGUCUAAGGUGGUUCCUGCCAUCUCAGAGGAAGUAAAAGAUGCGUUGGUGAAAAACAUUCGUAGAAGAAUGACACCACAACCAUUGAAGAUUCGUGCAGAUAUCGAGAUGAAAUGUUUUCAAUUUGAUGGUGUUCUUCACAUUAAGGAAGCAAUGCGUAAAGCUGAAGCUGCAGGGAACAAGGAUUGCCCUGUUAAAAUUAAACUUGUUGCUCCUCCAGCCUAUGUUCUCAACACCCAGACCCUUGACAAGGAGCAAGGGAUUGCUAUUCUCUACAAAGCAAUUGACGCUUGUACUGAAGAGAUAGAACGCCACAAGGGUAAACUUUCUGUUAAGGAGGCACCCAGAGUGGUGAGCGAGCGGGAUGAUAAAUUGCUUGCCGAACAUAUGGCUAAGCUAGGUCAUGAGAAUGAGGAGGUUAGCGGUGAUGAAGAUAGUGAAGAGGAGGAAGAUACUGGAAUGGGAGAAAUUGAUGUGGAGAACUCUGGACAUGGCAUAACAGACUAAAAAUGCUGCCCGUCUAUGCAUUGGCCUUCUCUUUCUUUUUUCUUGCCUCAUCUUUUCCAAUUGAGCGUUUGAAGGAGUGUAUAUGGCGACAACCAGGAUUCUAAAAAUUUUUGUUUAUUGGACUAAUGCUCUUCGGCAGUUUUCGCGUAACGGUGUUAGAUAGUAUAGUGCAAUGGCAUGUUGUCUCUAUUGUUUUGCUUAGUUGCUCAUUCAAGUUGUUUUGGUCCUGGCUCUGAUUUUUGUCAUUCA